GGCGCUUGAGUGCUCGGCAUUCAGUUGGCCAUGCAGGUAUUCGCAGCCGCGGUAAGGACGGGUUUCGGGCUUGCGGAGAAGAUAGACCUUGAGGGUCGUGCGCGGGCCCGGGCGUCGCAAUUCGUAGCAAACUCCGCUCCCAAUCGGCGUGACCGGGCGUAGGAACAAUAUAUAGGGGAAGGGUCUCUGUCUUCUCUUCAGCGACCCCGUUAUGGUUUUGGACAUCGAGGAGUUCAGAAAGGCCGGCUACGCAGCCAUCGAUCAGAUCUGCGACCACUUUUAUUCGCUGCAGGAGCAGCCGGUGGUCGCAGCCGUCGAACCUGGCUACCUAGCCAAGCUUAUUCCAGGCUCUCCGCCACAAGAGGGAGAACCUUUUGAGAAUAUCGCUGCUGAUUACAAGAGAUGUAUACUGCCGGGAAUCACCCAUUGGUCGCACCCUUCGUUCUUCGCGUACUUCCCGACGGCAUGCACCUUCGAGGGCAUCCUUGCGGAUCUCUAUUCGUCUGCUGUGUCCAACCCCGGGUUCAAUUGGAUCUGCAGUCCAGCAUGUACCGAGCUCGAAGUUAUUGUCAUGGACUGGGCUGCACAGCUCUUCGGCCUCGAUAAGGCCUUCCUGAACAGCAGCACCUCUGGCGGUGGUUGCUUGCAGACUACGGCCUCAGAGUCAGCUCUCAUCGCCGCCGUGGCGGCUAGGAAUACAUACAUGGACUCGCAUCCUCAGGCACGCCACGAGGAUCUGGUCAUGCUAUGCACCACCCAGACGCACUCGCUCGCGCUAAAGGCCGGGCGCGUCCUUGGUCUCGCUGUACGCACUAUCGAUGUGGAGGCAAAGGACGCAUACGGGCUCAGAGGCGAAGGACUCGCCCAAGCGAUCGCAGAUGAACAGGCGAAGGGGCAUCGCCCAUUUUUCUUGAUCGCCACCAUUGGCACCACAUCGUCCGGUGCUAUUGAUAAUAUCGCCGAAAUACGCGAAGUGGUCAGCGGUCAUCCCGAUAUAUGGCUGCACGUCGAUGCUGCUUGGGCCGGAGUGGCGCUGUCUCUUCCCGAGAAGCGCGAGGAGUUGUACCUCGCCGACAUCAAUUCCGCCGCCAACUCCCUCUGCAUCAACUUUCACAAAUGGGGCCUGGUGAACUUCGACUGCAGUACUCUUUGGGUCCGGGAUCGGUUGACAUUGACCCAAGCGCUUGACGUCACGCCACUGUAUCUACGGACGAAGGAGGCAGAAGCUGGUACGGUCACUGACUUCCGCAAUUGGCAUCUUGCACUCGGUCGUCGCUUCCGUUCACUCAAGCUCUGGUUCGUCCUCCGGUCGUACGGUGUGGAAGGGUUUCAAGCGCAUAUCAGAAAGGGCAUCGCCUUGAACGAGGUUUUUGUGUCGCUCAUCAAGCAGUCCGAACGACUGGUGCUGGCCGCGCCGCCUUCGCUUGGCUUGACUGUGUUCCGCAUGGUCCCCGCUGCGUGGCAAAAGGAGGCGGAUCAGGUCAAGAUAGAACAGCCUGCAGUCUCAAAGGCUGCCGACGAGGCUGUCGUCCAUGCGGCGGCCGAACUUACGGAGUCGAAGACGCCUAAUGCCCUAACACAAGCUUUAUGGGAUCGCCUGGACCGCCGCCGCGGUGAACUCUUCCUGUCACAGACGUCUCUGAAUGGUGUGCAUUGUGUGCGCCUCGCGGUGGGUGCUGCACGGACAGAAGAAGAGCAUGUCCGACGUGCGUUUGCCAUCAUAGAAGAAGAGGCGGCGGCUGUAGCCGCAGAAUUGGAUGUUUGAAAACAUCCUCAUCUGCUCUGCCCGCCACCAAUUCGACUCCAAAUGUAAGAAUGUAUGGCUUAUCCGCCCUUAUAAAUGUCCCAUUUGUGUUCCUC